UUCUACUCUCAGCAGCCUCCUCCCCUCCCCCUCUAGACACUUCCCAGAAUGCUUUGUACAGGAAGGACGGCAGCACCCGGAAGUGCAGGAAGAGGCUGCAGCCGAGAUGUGACUGAGAGAAAGUCUCUCCUGCUGUUUAACUACAGAGCCUGAGCAGAGGAUCCGAGGAAGAUGAUGGAAGCUCAGAAAUGGCCAGAGGUCUCAGCUGAGAGUACACUAAAUGGAAGUGCUGUGAGGUGCAUGCAGGAGCCUCCGUGGGAAAGUAGUAAUGCACUGAAUGAAGAUGCCAAGGGUAUCAAGGAGAAGGAAAACCCAUUAGAGUGCCCGCUGUGUGCAAAACGUUUCAGGCAGAGGCAGAACCUGGUGAAGCACCAGCGGAUACACACUGGCGAGCGACCCUACAGCUGUAGGCAGUGUGGGAAGAGCUUCAUCCAGAAGCAGCACCUCACCAAGCACGAGAGACUACACACCGGGGAGAGACCCUUUACCUGCCAGGUGUGUGGCCGGGGCUUCAGCCUCAAACACAACCUUAAGACCCAUCAGAGGAUUCACACUGGAGAGAAACCUUAUCCUUGCGCCCUGUGCAACAAGAGCUUUAGCCGCAGGGAGAACCUUCAUGUGCACCAGAAGAACCAUCAGGGAAAGUGUGUGCCAGAGGUUACAGCUCAGCUUGGUACCAUGCCCGAGGCCACACUACUAGCCUAUAUGUACCCUCAGCGCCAGGCAACAAUACCAACCUACAUUUAUUCCAAGGACAAGGCAACAAUAACAGCCUGUGCCUACCCAGUGGGCCCCCAGAUAAAGCCUGCCCCUGUCUACCCUCUGAUAAAAGCAGCUUGUGUCUACCCUGAGGGGCCCAAUAUAAAAGCAGCUUGUGUCUACCCCAUGGAACAGAAGGAACAAACAGGCCAUGUCUCCACCGAGGGUCUAGAGAUGAAACAACCUCAGGUGUACCCUACGGGCCCCGAGGUAAAACUGGCUUGUGUCGAUCCUAGUAUAAAUAUAGCUGGUGUUUGCCCUGAGGGCCCGGAGAUAAAACCGGUUUUCGUCUAUACAGGGAGCCAGCAGACCAUACCUACUGAGAUCAGGCUGAUGCUGGAAAGCUGGAAAUAUGAGAUGCCCAGCGAGACCUCUGAGAGCCCACAGAGAGAGGAGUUUGGACUGAGUGCCAGGCCAUACAUAUGUCCCCAGUGUGGAAAGCGAUUCAGCAGAAUAGAGAUUUUUGUCAACCAUUACAAGAUGCAUAUUGGCAUAAAGCCCUACCCCUGCCCCGAAUGUGGACGACGGUUUGUACAGAGGCACCUCCUGACCAAACAUCUUGGUGUGCACUCAGGAGACAGGCCUCAUAGCUGCAGCCAAUGUGGGAAAGGCUUUCAUUUACAAAUCGGCUUGUGUAAGCAUCAGAACGUCCACCACCGGGAGAAACCAUUCUUAUGUUCUCAGUGCGGCAAGAAAUUUGCAAGCGAGCCCAUAUACCGAUCCCACUGGAGGAUUCACUCAAAAUGCCAAGCAUCUCAAGACUCUGUGGAUUCCAGUGGCAAAUCUCCACCUAGUGUGAUGGAACGACUGUCUCUCCCUGAAGGCUUUCACCUAAACCGUCUCUUUAUCCCUCACAGGCUGUUGCCACAUGUGAAAGGCUUCAAGUGCAAUGUGUGUGCUAGAAUGUUCCAGCACAAGCACACUCUCAUCAGCCACCUCAACAUUCACUCUAGAGAGAGGCCCUUCCCAUGCCUGAAGUGUGGGAGAAAAUUCACCCAGAAGCCACACUUGACCGACCAUCUAAGGCUGCACAGGGGCAAAAAAGGCUACAACUGCCCACGAUGUGGAAAGAUGUUCAAUAUUGAGCACAACCUGACCAGUCACUGGAGCACCCACAAACCACGGAGACCAUAUGUCUGUCCUGACUGUGGGAAGGCUUUCCAUCAUGACUGGAGUCUUGUAAAGCACCAGAGAAGCCAUAGGACAGCCAAAGGCAAACCAUGUACUAGUGAGAUAGAUAGGCUCAUCUCAACCUCAGUCACAGAAAGUGAGAAGAUCCAGGUCCAACAGGAUACCUUGCAGGGGCCCAAGCAGUACUCCUGCCCUGUGUGUGGACUCUGCUUUAGAAGACAAGUGUCUUUGUAUCAGCAUGAAUUGUCUCAUAAAGGUAGGACACCCAUUAUGUGCACACCCAAGCAGGACAACGUACAGCAGUCUAAGAAAAGAGAUCAUGUAUGCAAUCAGCUUGCCCAAACAUUUCAGGGGGAACAGCAACUGAGCAGCCAUCACCCCACUCACCCUAGGGGGAAACCAUACCCUUGUGACAUGUGCCCCCGAAGCUUCUGCCUGGAACGAAGCCUCGUCAGUCACAAAAAGACCCAUAGGACAGAGAAGCGCCCCCCUAACCGCAGACCUCAUAAUACAAACCCUCCAGCAGUGCUAACCAAUCGCAACCCCACAAAUGAACAUCCCAAAACCACUGGAAGUGGAGGCGCAGGAGUUAUGCCCUCUGUGCAGAUCUGCCAUGUUUUCCCUUGUUCAGUAUGUGGGAAAGUGUUCAAAUGGCGGCAGGCGCUGGUCAAACAUCUACGGAUCCAUUCUGGGGAGAGGCCAUACCCUUGUCAUCAGUGUGGCAAAAGCUUCAGGCAGAGGCAGCACCUCAAAAAACAUUUAAGGCUACAUACUGGGGAGAAACCCUUCACCUGUCAGGAGUGUGGCCACAGCUUCAGCCUGAAGCAUAACCUGCACACUCACCAGAGAACCCACACUGGAGAGAAACCAUAUGCCUGCAUCCAGUGUGACAAAAAAUUCACCCGCCGUAGCAUCCUCCUCACUCACCUAAAGUCCCACGGCUUGACUGUGCCCGAAACCAUCCCCAAAGAGCACUCCUACAAUCUGUACCCUCAAAAUGUCAUGCCAAUGGGACAAGUAGAAAUAGAGGUGGAGCUUGAUGUCCCCUGAAGUACUCAAAUGGAGGUACUAAAUUCAGAACAUCAACCUCCCCCCCCCCCAACAAAAUAACAGGAGGUUGUCCUCUACCCCAGACAUUGUACAGAUAGGUUGCCCCUAAACCAAAUUCCUGUGAGGCUGCCCCUUUACCCUAAAAACUAUUUCAUGACACUGCCCCCUACACCAUACAGCAGCCAGUUCUGUCUUCCUCUAGCAAUAUUCAAUAUGAACCCAGUGGGCUUUGAGUCAGUGAUACUCUUACACCCAUGCUUCCAUUUUAGUCCAUGCCUAGUCAUUUACCAAACCAUCUUCUGCCACAAUGAACCCCAAUAUAUUUCUAGUCCAGACCCAUAUUUGUGCCCUUUACUCUAACCAGAACCAUCCUUCCUGGCCAUAUACAGACCUUUAACUCCAACCAGAACCAUCCUUCCUGGCCAUAUACAGACCUUUAUCUCCAACCAGAACCACCCUUCAUGGCCAUAUACAGACCUUUAUCUCCAACCAGAACCACCCUUCAUGGCCAUAUACAAACCUUUAUCUCCAACCAGAACCACCCUUCCUGGCCAUAUACAGACCCUUAUGACUGACAAUGAACCCAUAAGACAGUGCUUAUGAUCUUCUUCCUUUCUAAUCCCACCCACUCCUUGAGUUAAGGACUCCCUGCAAGAUGCCAUUAAUGUUAUAAUCCCACCCAUUCCCUGAUGUAGACUCCCUGUAAGCUGCCAUAAGUCUUGCUUCAGUUACAAACUCCCUGCCCUUGCAAGCUACCAUCAAUGUCCUAGUACCUCCCUUUCCUUGAGUCACAGACUCCCUGCCCAUGGCCCUGUAAGUUGCCAUGAAUGAUAUAGUCCCACGGACUGCUUGAAUUAGAGAUUUUCUGCACCUCCUGUUUAUGAUGGGGACCCUGGGCCAGGCUGUGUGCUUUGUUGGCUAAUACAUUUAUUUCUUUUUGUCACCAUAGUACAAGACACAAGGGGAAAAUGCACAUCUAAGGCCUGAUUGGCCAAUAGGAGUCGCUGUAUAGCUUUUUGUGUGAAUAAAGCAGCUGGGGUGGUAUGUGUGGGGUAUCGGGCUGCAAACUGAGAGGUUCUGCUGUAAUUAAUAGUUUUCUAUAAAUAAAUGAUAUGCCACUGA